AUGUACUCUUUGCCCUUGGGGCAUCACCUCAUUGCCCAGUGGCUGCGGCAUCCCUGGACAUGUUCCAGGCCAGGUUGGAUGUGGCUGGGAGCAUCCUGGUUUAGUGGAAGAACACACUAAACUGUGUCUUUCCUUGCAGCCCACCAAGCCCAAGCCCCCAGAGGACAGCGAUGCACCUCCAGCCAAGAGAGCUCCCAUCUUUUAUGGGAGCCUGGAGGAGAAGGAGCGGGAGAGGCUGGCCAAGGGGGAGGCAGGACUGCUGGGCAAGGAGGGCAUGAAGGCUGCCCUGGAGGCUGGAAACAUCAACAUCAGCAGUGGGGAGGUGUUUGACCUGGAGGACCACCUGAGCGAGCGGCAGGCGGAGGUGCUGGCGGAGUUCGAGCGCCGGAAGCGCGCGCGGCAGAUCAACGUCUCCACGGACGACGCCGAGGUCAAGGCCUGUCUGCGCGCCCUGGGCGAGCCCAGCACCCUCUUCGGGGAGGGCCCUGCCGAGCGCAGGGAGAGGUUAAGAAAUAUCCUGUCUGUGGUGGGCACAGAUGCUUUGAAGAAGACCAGGAAAGAUGAUGACAGGUCCAAAAAGUCCAGGGAAGAGUAUCAGCAAACCUGGUACCACGAGGGCCCACGGAGUCUGAAGACAGCCAGACUGUGGCUGGCAAACUACUCACUGCCCAGGGCAGCGAAGCGGCUGGAGGAAGCUCGGCUGCUCAAGGAGAUUCCUGAGGCCACCAGGACAUCCCAGAGGCAGGAGUUGCACAAAUCCCUGAGGUCCUUGAAUAACUUCUGCAGUCAGAUUGGGGAUGAUCGUCCACUAUCCUACUGCCACUUCAGCCCCAACUCCAAGCUCCUUGCUACAGCCUGCUGGAGUGGGCUGUGCAAGCUCUGGUCUGUGCCUGACUGCAACCUGGUUCACACCUUACGAGGUCACAGCACCAAUGUGGGAGCAAUUGUCUUCCACCCCAAAGCCACUGUGUCCCUGGACAAGAAGGAUGUCAGCCUGGCCUCAUGUGCAGCUGAUGGCUCUGUCAAACUCUGGAACCUGGAAAGUGAUGAACCAGUGGCAGAUAUUGAAGGACACAGCAUGAGAGUGGCACGAGUGAUGUGGCAUCCAUCUGGGAGAUUCCUGGGCACCACCUGCUAUGAUCACUCCUGGCGCCUGUGGGACUUGGAGGCUCAGGAGGAGAUCCUGCACCAGGAGGGGCACAGCAAAGGGGUCUAUGACAUUGCCUUCCACACCGACGGGUCCCUCGCCGGCACGGGUGGCCUGGAUGCCUUUGGCCGCGUGUGGGACUUGCGCACUGGACGCUGCAUCAUGUUCCUGGAAGGUCACCUGAAGGAGAUCUAUGGGAUUAACUUCUCCCCAAAUGGAUACCAUGUGGCAACGGGCAGUGGUGACAACACCUGCAAGGUGUGGGACCUCAGGCAGAGGAAGUGCAUUUACACCAUCCCUGCCCACCAGAACCUGGUGACAGGAGUCAAGUUUGAACCCAACCAUGGGAACUUCCUGCUCACAGGAGCUUAUGACAACACAGCCAAGAUCUGGACCCACCCUGGCUGGUCCCCGUUGAAGACCCUGGCAGGGCAUGAGGGGAAGGUGAUGGGCCUGGACAUCUCCCUGGAUGGGCAGCUGAUUGCCACCUGCUCCUACGACAGAACCUUCAAGCUGUGGACAGCUGAGUAGCUCAGAGGAUCUGGGUGUGAACUGGGAUGGGGAUGUUAAUGGUUUUCAACUGGGACUUUUUUAUAUUAAAGGAAAAAAACAGGAA